UUAGAACAAUAAAAAAGCAAAUAGUUUCUCCUCUCUAUAAAACCAAACCAAUGGAAGUUGGGACUUGGGAAAGCAUAUCCCGCGCGGUCAAACUCCAUUCGAACUGGAACAGGCUCGAUGCCCUUCGCCUCCGCCACUAGAAGACGCCAUUUAUCAUCCCUUUCUUCUUCUUGGGACCCAGCCAACUCCAUCGUCCUUUCCGAGGCCUUAAUCGUCGCUCUGAGCUUCUCAAUUGUUCAGGAGAGACAAGAAACUCCUCGGCUAAUCCGCUUCACCUCUUUUUUAGAACGCUGAGCUCACAAAUUUAUUAUUGAUUUUUGUUGGGAUUGAGUUGGGAUUGUGGAGUUAGGUUUGGGGAGGAGUUGAGGUUUAACGCUGGGAUUUGUUGGAUUUGAUGUCGUCGAUAUCGGUGGAAGAAGAUGGUGGGAGAGGAAGCAUGUGGGAUUUGGAUCAGAAGCUUGAUCAACCCAUGGAUGAAGAGGCCGGAAAGCUUAGGAAUAUGUACAGAGAGAAGAAAUUCUCUUCACUGUUAAUUCUACGACUUGCUUUCCAGAGCCUUGGCGUGGUGUUUGGAGAUUUGGGAACAUCCCCGUUAUAUGUAUUUUACAAUACAUUUUCUCAUGGGAUAAGUGAUCCUGAAGAUGUUAUUGGAGCUCUUUCUCUUAUUAUUUACUCUCUAACUCUAGUUCCUCUCCUCAAAUAUGUUUUUGUGGUGUUGAGGGCGAAUGACAAUGGUCAAGGUGGCACUUUUGCUUUAUACUCGCUCCUUUGUAGGCAUGCAAAAAUCAACACAAUUCCCAAUCAGCAUAGAACUGAUGAAGCACUGACAACAUACAGCCGUCAAACAUAUGAUGAGAACUCUCUUGCAGCAAAAGUUAAGCUAUGGUUAGAGGCUCGUAAUUUUAGAAAAAAUGUAAUUCUUAUUCUCGUUCUUCUCGCGACUUGUAUGACUAUCGGUGACGGUAUUCUUACUCCAGCUAUUUCGGUUCUCUCAGCAUCUGGUGGAAUCAAGGUGAAUCGACCAGAGAUAAGCAAAGAUGUGGUUAUACUGGUGGCGGUGAUCAUAUUAAUCGGCUUGUUUAGCCUGCAACAUUAUGGUACAGACAAAGUUGGGUGGUUAUUUGCUCCAAUUGUCUUGCUCUGGUUUCUGCUAAUAGGGGCCAUAGGAGUGGUCAACAUAUGGAAAUAUGACAGUUUCGUUCUAAAAGCCUUUAAUCCAGUUUACAUAGUCAGAUAUUUUAAAGGCGGUCGAAGGAACUGGACUUCCCUAGGAGGGAUAAUGCUUAGCAUCACAGGAACCGAAGCAUUAUUUGCGGACCUGUGUCAUUUUCCGGUCCUUGCUAUUCAGAUUGCCUUCACGCUUGUUGUAUUCCCCUGCCUCCUUUUAGCAUAUUCUGGGCAAGCGGCAUACAUCAUGCAACACCAAGAUCAUGUUUUUGAUGCAUUCUAUCGAUCAAUUCCUGGAAGCAUGUACUGGCCAAUGUUUAUAGUUGCAACAGCAGCAGCUAUUAUUGCUAGCCAGGCUACUAUUUCAGCGACAUUUUCUAUAAUCAAGCAGGCGCUUGCUCUUGGCUGUUUCCCGAGGGUCAAGGUUGUUCAUACAUCAAGGAAGUUCCUUGGACAAAUAUACAUUCCUGAUAUUAAUUGGAUUCUAUUGGUUCUGUGCAUAGCUGUUACUGCUGGAUUCAAAAAUCAAAGCCAGAUUGGUAAUGCAUAUGGAACUGCUGUCGUUCUGGUUAUGCUGGUCACAACUUUGCUGAUGAUCCCUGUAAUGCUAUUGGUAUGGCGUAGCCAUCCCAUCUUCAUCUUCCUCUUCACCGCUCUCUCCCUCCUGGUGGAGCUCACAUACUUCUCCGCAGUCCUCUUCAAGGUCAAUCAGGGUGGAUGGGUCCCCCUCGUCAUCGCCGCCGCCUUUCUCCUCAUCAUGUAUGUUUGGCAUUAUGGCACCGUGAAGCGCUACGAAUUCGAGCUUCAUUCCAAAGUCUCCUUGGCUUGGAUUCUCGGUCUUGGCCCGAGCCUCGGUCUGGUUCGUGUCCCCGGCAUCGGCUUUGUAUAUACCGAGCUACCAAGCGGAGUUCCCCAUAUCUUCUCCCACUUGAUCACCAACCUUCCAGCAAUCCAUUCUGUUGUCGUCUUCGUCUGUGUCAAGUACCUCCCUGUCUACAUCGUUCCAAUGGAGGAACGGUUCCUCGUUAAACGAAUUGGUCCCAAGGAAUUUCACAUGUUUCGUUGCGUCGCGAGGUAUGGAUACAAAGACCUUCACAGGAAAGAUGAUAACUUUGAGAAAAUUUUAUUUGAUACCAUCUCUACUUUUGUUCGUCUCGAGACAAUGAUGGAUGGUUACACCGAUUCAGAAGCGACCUUUGAUGCAGCCAGGAAUGGCAGAACAAUUGAUCUUCUAACGGCUGAAAGGGAUGGCACCUUCAACUCCAGUGUGGAGAUUAUAAGCAAUUCUUCACAAGAGUCUAUCAUGGCUGCCCAAUCCGGAGCUCCCCAGAGCAAACAAUGGCCAUAUCAGGGAAGCGGUUCGGCCGGUUCGGCUCAACCAAGCCAUGCAGGGAGUGAAGAAUAUGAGUUUUUGAACGAGUGUAGGAAUGCUGGAAUGGUUCACAUACUGGGGAACACUAUAGUGAGAGCUCGAAGGGAUUCGAGUUCUGUGAAGAAGAUUUCUGUUGAUUAUAUUUAUGCUUUUCUGAGGAGGAUUUGCAGGGAGAAUAGUGUGAUGUUGAAUCUUCCACAUGAGAGUUUAUUGAAUGUUGGCCAGAUAUUCUAUAUAUAAAUUGUGUAUAUAAGGUUCAGAAUGUUUUACUUCUUUUCGAUCAAAGAAGAGAAGUUUGCCAGUUCUGCAGUGUAUUGCAGUAUUGUAUGUAAGAAAGUUGAUUGGUAGAUAAUAAAGCCAAGCUGGUUACCCGAGUUUAUGAAGGCAUGGUUAAGGUUGGUGAGAUUAAUAAUUAUGAAGUUUGGUACUGAAAAAUAUAUCUUCAAUUAUAUUUGGUUAGUUGGGAAGUUGUGAUCCUAACUCCGAUGCUUUCGUGCCAUGAAUGGCAUCAAAUGCUUGAGAUUAUGUGGUUGCUUUCACUAAGAUUCAACAGGCAAGAAUUACUGCCCUACACCAAAAAAAUAUGUAAU